AUGAUGGAAGUGAUUAUGUCUUCUACGCACUUAUGGCUGGGGAAGAUUCAAUCACUGAUAUUGUUGGACUUUGCGCAUUUCGACUUUCACAGGCGGAUGCUGCUUUAAACAAGGAUGCUUUGCUUACAUGGAAAACUGAUCCUGGAAGUCUGGGUAACAUUCGCGAUAUUAACGAUAAGAAGCAGAGUCGUCCUAGAACCAGGCAACAGCUUGUCUCAGUUAAAAGCUCAGUUAAGAAAUUUUUGACAGAGAGUGCAAAUAGUCAACAUGUAAGAACCUUAGAACAUGGCUACUCAACAAAUCAUAGUUCGGACAUAGCCCGUAUAAAGCGAGAAGCAGCACCUAUAAUUCCUCGUUUUCCUGACCCAAAGGGUUCGCCAAGCCUUUCAAACAGUUAUUUACUUCCAGCCCAUGACUGCAAGCAACCUGAUGCGGGUGAAAUCUGCUACAACGUCUCUGCCAAAGACAUCCUUGAUCGAAAUAAGACAGGUGCUUAUAGCGACGCUGAUGUGAGGAUGCGUAUUAGAAUGACCAAGCAGCGCUCGCCUACAUGGGUUGCAGACGAUGAGCGAUUUUCUGAUAACUCAAAAAAA